AUGAGGAGUUUGCAAGUGAUCGUCCUGUUAAUCGCCAUCAUACAAGCGACGUUCACGUACAACCUGAAAUUAGCAGACGCAUUACAAUCGAUGCCAAAAAGAGAGAUCAAGCCGGAUUGGGAAGAUUUAGGAUGGGCGUGGGGAAAGCGUAGUGUUCCUGAUUCUGUGUACCCUCAACGAUUUUUACGACCGAUGCAAUUAGUGAAGAAGACGCCAGACUGGCACGAUUUGGGUUGGACGUGGGGUCGCCGAAAGUAA